ACGCCUUCGACCCACCUUUUGAAAAUAUUGCCCGAUGUUCUGGAAGCCCCCUGACUCGGACGAUGAGGAGAGCUACGACGACGACGACGACGACGACACGUCGGCGACCGUGACGCCAACGCUGGCGGCCUUCCCGGGAGCCGCCCGAUACCUGGCCGGCGGCGCUCGGGCGGGCCACGCCGCGUCGGCGUCGUCCGUUACGCGGCCGGACGAGGCCCUCCACAACAUCUUGCGUGCGAUGCUGGCGCUCUCGUACGAGCCGACCCCUCUAGCGGCCAUGGUGGAAGAGGGCGUGGCGGCCCGCCUCGCCCGCCUUGCCGCCGCGGGGCUGCCCGCGAUCGCCGCGCUGCUGCUGCUCGGCAGGACGAGCAGCAGCGCUGACGAUGACGGCGGCGAGCUGCCGACUUCGCCGCCGGAGCAAGUAUCGGAGGCGGUGCGGUCGCCGCUCGUGAGCGCGUGCGGGCUGCUGACGAACAUCCUUACCUCCGCAGGCCACCUGGCGUGGCCAGAGGAUCGGCCGGCGGCUGCCGGCGGCAGCGGCGCGGCGCGGAGACGAGGCGCCGGGCGCCAGCAGCCGCGGGGGGCGCCGAGACACCCCGUCCUCGGGCACCCGGGCAUGGGGCAGUGCCUGGCGUCGCUCGCCGAGGUGGCGGGCGCCGCCGGCGCUGCCCGGCGCGCCGGGGGCGGGGCUCGCUGGCGGCUGCUCGCCGCGCACGCCACCCUCGUCGUGAUGACCGUGGCCCGCGCGGCCACGCCGGGGAACGGCCUGGCGCCGGCGGCCGGCCUGGCCGGCCGGAGGCCACGGCGGUGGUCGGGAGAGGAGGGCGACCCGCCAGGCGACGGUGCGUCGCCGUCCGUCUGGGAAGGGAUGGCACGGGCGGUGGACGAGGCCCUGGGGUCGUUGAGCGCGACCCCCGGUAGGGGAUUGAUCGGUGGCGGGAGGGGGGGAACGGGGGAAGAGGAGGAGGAGGAGGCGAGCUACGAGGAAGGUGCGAUCUGGCAGUGGUGCCUCGAGUGCGCGAGGGAGAUCGAGGUCGCUCCGGGCGGGGUGACGGGGAACGCGUACGUGUCGUGCGGGGUCGUGCCGCGGAGGUUGCUCAGUAGCCUGAAGGAGGCCUCUGCUGAUGGCAGGAUCUAGCGACCUUUGUGUGGUGGUGAUCCGUGGGCAAGCGGGUUCUCGGUCAUCAGGAUUCAUUGGAAUACACCGGGCAUGGUUUUAUAGAGAUUUGUUUUGUUUCGGCGUCGAAGGGACUGCACCAUUGUCUACCAUGUUUUGAACGGGGUGUGUGUGUCGUCCUUUUGUGAAGGGGGAGGAGAGCAGGAUUUGGCGCUGUAUCCUGGUUCAGCGGGUGUCGAGCGUGCUACACCCAGCUGAACCUAACAAAAUGUUAACGUAUGUGCUCUGCGCGUGUAGCUAGAAUACGAGCGGAGGUCAAGUUUCGGGGCUACCCGGUUUUGUUCGGAAUGGCAUCGAUGCUCUUUGUGGUUUGGCGUGGCUGGACUGCUUGGGCUGAGUGUUGUUCUAGACGUGUUUGUUGGGGUAUCGCAUGUUGUUGCUAUCGUCAUAUAAGUAAUCAUGGCCGAUACCCUGCACGUCCUCGUUCCUACGGCGCUCUUCGAGGCAAAGAACGAAAUUGCCUUGGGCGUAUUCUCCACGCUCCCACGCCACAAGU